AAGCCCUUCCUGCCUCUGGGGAAUGAAUGUUCUGCUGUAGACGGGUAGCAGCGGCUCCUGGCCCUUGGUCCCAGCACUGCCAGGCAUCACAGGACGCCGGGUUCCCAGGACGCAGCUGAGAUAACGUGGCAAUGAAGACUCCAUGGGGCGAUGUCUCAGUGCUGCUCCUUCUGCUGCUCUUAGCUCUGCUCCAUGUCUCCUGGGCCCAGAGCAGCUGCGCUGGACACACAGCCAUCCCUGGCAUCCCAGGCAUUCCUGGGAUACCCGGCUCUGAUGGCCAACCCGGAACCCCAGGAACAAAAGGAGAGAAAGGGUCCCCAGGGCUAGCUGGAGACCACGGUGAGUUUGGCGAGAAGGGUGACCCAGGGAUUCCCGGGAAUCCAGGAAAAGUCGGCCCCAAGGGCCCUAUUGGCCCUAGAGGUCUCCCUGGGAUCCCUGGAAUCCCUGGUCCCAAGGGUGAAUCAGGAGACUACAAGGCCACACAGAAAGUGGCCUUCUCUGCCUUGAAGACCCUCAGCACUCCCAUAAGACAAAGGCAAGCCAUCCGCUUCGACAAAGUGAUCAUCAAUGUGAACAACAGCUAUGAGCCUCGCAACGGCAAGUUCACGUGCCCAGUGGCGGGUCUCUACUACUUCACCUACCACGCCAGCUCGCGCGGGAACCUGUGCGUGAACCUCAUCCGGGGCCGGGAGCACCCGAAGAAAGUGGUCGCCUUCUGCGACUAUGUCCGAAACACCUUCCAGGUCGCCACAGGCGGUGUGGUCCUCAAGCUGGAGAAGCAGGAGAUGGUCUACCUAGAGGCCACCGCCCAGAGCUCCCUGCUGGGCAUGGAGGGGGCCAACAGCAUCUUCUCAGGUUUCCUCCUCUUCCCAGAUGUGGAUGUGUGACCUGCCAGGCUGAGUCAUGGUCACAUCCCUUCACAGCCACCCAAAGCCUCCCCGGCUGGCCACGCCCACUUUCCCCCCUGCUUGGCCAAGCACAGAUGAGAGCUCUGUGGAUGCUGAGUGAUGAAUGAAUCAAUAAACUCUUGGAAGCCAAAA